GUGGAGAGAAGCUCUCAACCUUGAGGGAAAACAAGCAGGACUGGGACCAACUUAACUUUCUCACUGCCUGUACCUAGGAGCGUUCUAUGAAUUCUGAUACAUCAUCUAAAAUCUCACAGGUGACAUCAUCUAGAAUCUCCUUACUCUGCUUGAUGGCCUUUGUGUUUUCUAUGAAGAAGUGUUUUCAAACUGGAUUAUGAACUCUCCUGAUUGCUGACAACAUUUUUCAAAGGAUAAUUUAUUGUUGCUGCAUCUGCUUUGCUUUUUAUACGAGUCAUCUUAAACUGCAAGUAUAUCCCUGCAAACCUGAAGAUCUUAUAUUAUGGUUUAACUGCUGCUCAGAGAACAAAACAAUGGGCAACAAGAACUACAGUAACUUCCUGGUGUGAACAUGCAAUCACAGCAUCCCUGUUGAUAAGGGCAUAUAACUGAACAACGCAUUGAGCGUGUCUCAUGAGAUCAGCCAAUGUUUACUUGGAGUGCAACGGUGUGAUUUUAAUUGUAUGCAAAAAGACUGAAGAGGAGUGUGUGUGUGUGUGUGUGUGUGGAGGUCAAAGACCUGGAUUUCCAAGAGAUGGAGGGUCAUGGCUAUGACCGCUUCGGAGAGAAUGAGAGGGACAAUUAUCAGAUUGACUACAGAAGGAUUGUAGGAGACAUGGAACCAGCGCGGCCUCGUGUCUCAAACAGAGACGGGGAGCAGUCUCAGCACUCCUUUCUGGCUCAUCCCCACCCGGGGUCAUAUGGACAUGGGCAUGAGACUGCAGCCCAGAGGUACAGCGCCACACGAAUCCAGGCUGGAUAUGAACCAGAGAGCAUGGCUGACUACUUGAUCAGCGGAGGAACUGGUUAUGUUCCUGAGGAUGGACUCACAGCACAACAGCUGUUUGCUAUUGGAGACGGGCUGACAUACAAUGAUUUUCUUAUCCUACCUGGUUUCAUAGAUUUCACUUCUGAUGAAGUGGAUCUGACCUCUGCACUGACAAAAAAGAUCACCCUGAAGACACCUCUCAUUUCAUCUCCCAUGGAUACGGUGACUGAGUCGUCCAUGGCCAUCGCCAUGGCACUGAUGGGUGGGAUUGGAAUAAUUCAUCACAACUGCACUGCUGAAUUCCAGGCCAAUGAGGUGCGAAGAGUCAAGAAAUUUGAGCAAGGUUUCAUCACAGACCCAGUGGUAAUGAGUCCUCAUCACAGAGUGGGGGAUGUGUUUGAAGCUAAGAGACAACAUGGUUUCUCUGGGAUCCCAGUGACGGAAACAGGCAAGAUGGGCAGCAAGCUGGUUGGCAUUGUGACCUCCAGAGAUAUAGACUUUUUGUCCGAGAAGGAUAAUGAAAAAUUUCUGGAAGAGGCCAUGACAAAGAGGGAAGACCUAGUUGUUGCGCCAGCUGGAGUCACUCUGAAAGAGGCUAAUGACAUACUGCAGCGAAGCAAGAAAGGUAAACUUCCCAUUGUAAAUGACAACGACGAGCUUAUUUCCAUCAUAGCAAGAACUGACCUGAAGAAGAACAGAGAUUAUCCUCUGGCUUCCAAGGACUCUCGUAAACAGCUGCUGUGUGGAGCUGCCGUUGGUACCAGGGAGGACGACAAAUACAGACUAGAGCUCCUUGUGCAGGCUGGAGUGGAUGUAGUAGUUUUGGACUCAUCUCAGGGAAACUCAGUGUUUCAGAUCAGCAUGAUUAACUACAUUAAACAGAAGUAUCCUGAUCUACAAGUGAUUGGAGGAAAUGUGGUGACAGCUGCUCAGGCUAAAAAUCUCAUAGAUGCUGGUGUGGAUGCGCUGAGGGUGGGGAUGGGCUGUGGCUCUAUCUGCAUUACCCAGGAGGUAAUGGCAUGUGGACGACCCCAAGGUACAUCUGUUUACAAAGUUGCAGAGUAUGCCAGACGCUUCGGAGUACCGGUAAUCGCUGAUGGAGGCAUUCAGACUGUAGGGCAUGUGGUGAAAGCUCUUGCCCUGGGAGCGUCUACAGUGAUGAUGGGGUCUUUGUUAGCAGCAACUACUGAGGCUCCAGGAGAAUAUUUCUUCUCAGAUGGUGUGCGCCUCAAGAAAUACAGAGGAAUGGGCUCCUUGGAUGCCAUGGAGAAGGAUAACAGUCAAAAGCGUUACUUUAGUGAGGGAGAUAAGGUGAAGGUGGCUCAAGGGGUUGCAGGAUCAGUUCAAGAUAAAGGGUCUGUCCAAAAGUUUGUUCCUUACCUCAUUGCUGGAAUACAGCAUGGCUGUCAGGACAUUGGGGCCAGAAGUUUGUCCAUUUUAAGGUCAAUGAUGUAUUCAGGAGAGUUGAAGUUUGAGAAGAGAACCAUGUCUGCUCAGAUGGAGGGGGGAGUUCAUGGGCUUCACUCAUAUUCUUUUGUGCCAUUUACAAGAAGUGGCCUCAUUGAGGCUGGUGGACGAGGAAACACACGAUCAGGACCUAAUGUCCCGACCCCGGCUGCUAUGAGCCGAUGCAAUGGACUCAUGUGAAUAGAUGAUUGCCACCAAGUUGAUAUCGCACCUUAACAAAUUGCUCUCUAAGAUCAAGGUCUUAGAAGACAGGCAGAAAAACCAAUGGACACAUGGAUCAUCAAGUGAACUCCACCUUUCUUAUGUAUUUGCAAAGGUAGAGGGCUGUACAUGAUUUUAACUCUAUUCUGUUGGAUUCUUUCCACACACAACACAAGCCAUGAAAUGCUUUAGGAAGACUUAUUACUGCUAAUGAAUAGUCAUUUGGUUCUGCUCUUUCAAACAAGGUACAGCUAAAAAGCAGUUUUUCCUGAGUCAGUUCCCUUUAAUUUACAGGGACUUUAAUCUCAGAAUGUAUCAAUGUCAAAAUGAUUGUAUGGUCACUGGAUAUUACUUUUUUGGACAAAUUGUAUAGACCUGAAGAUAUACACAUAGUGUGUUAAUCACAAUAGGCAAAUUUUGUAUUUCAAAUGCUGGACUCUGUCACCACCUUGAAUUUAAUCUAAGAGCUAUGUGCAACUCUUUUGUAGAAAGAUACUAAAGCUAAGCACAGAGUUCAAAUAAACAUACUUGUAAGAAAGUGUUUUCUAGGGUCAAUAUGCGGUAGUCUCACCUUUAAUUUUUCCCUCAUUUGCAUCAACUAUACAACAUCGACCAAAGUCUAUCAUUUACAAAGUUUAAUUGUUAGAAUGAUAAUACUUGAUGUUUUGUAUUGUCAGGAGCAGUGUUAAAAAGAAAGCACACUUUAAAAACACUGAAAUCUGGUUAUUGACACAAUACAGCAAUCUCACCUGGUCAGUUUAUAUUGUUUUAUUUAUUUUGACCAAUAAACUAUUUUAAAAUGUA